CGCUGUAGGUACAAAUAGCACCUUCUUCUCCCCCCAUUGCUGAAAGAACCCUAGUCGCCUCAGCAUCAGAAGAAAGAAAGCAAACGAGAUGGGAAGCGAUAGCGAAGCAGAGAAGGCGCAGCAGAAGGAGAAGGAGAUCAAGAAGCUGCUCGCCAUUGCCCCCAUUGCUAAACCCCUCGCCGGAAAGAAGCUCUGCAAGCGCACCCUCAAGCUCGUCCGCAGAGCUGCUGAACACAAAUGCUUGAAGAGAGGAGUAAAGGAGGUGGUUAAAAGUAUAAGGCGUGGUCAUAAAGGAGUAUGUGUUAUAGCCGGGAACAUAUCUCCUAUUGAUGUGAUCACUCAUGUUCCAAUCCUAUGUGAAGAAGCUGAGAUUCCCUAUGUAUAUGUUCCCUCAAAAGAAGACCUUGCAAAUGCAGGGGCCACUAAGAGGCCAACAUGCUGUGUUUUGGUGCUAACCAAGCCUACCAAGGGAGAAUUAGGUCCAGAGGAAGAGGAAAAACUAAAGGCGGAUUAUAAGCAAGUUGCAGCGGAUGUUUCUGAACUUGCAUCAUCUCUUUUCUGAAGAACAGAGUGAAAUUAUUUGUACUUUAUUUAAGCCGGUAUGAUAUCAGGCUGUUUCAGUUAUGUUGAAGUAGAGUGUUUUCUUUAUAUAUCUGAGCAUUUUGGGUUCAUUUAUGUGAGAGCAAGCCUCAUACAUUUCACAGGGCUUAGAUUCGACUUUGGAAAACAUUUUGAGUAAGACUAGCAAGUACAUUGGUUGUAGCAAAUCGUACCUUUUUAAAUAUGACACUAGAAACUUUAGUUCAUUUUAUCA